CACUCUGGUUUCAGCCUCUGCUCCCGCACCUCCUCCCCGGGAGGGAAGAAUGGUGUAGGUCUGCGUGUGCGCAUGGUGCCUGCAGGGAGAGGAGCGGGGGCAGAGGGGGAUUGUGUUCGAGCCAGAAUAUCAGCACAGCCGAGUUGGGAUUGCAGCCGAUCACCGUCGCCAUUUGCCUGUAACGAUCCUGCAGCGUUCGGCGCUGGGCGGAUGCUUGCCUGCCCGGGGGACUGAGCCACGCCGUGCCCAGAACCAAGCGACCAUGACUGAGAAGACCCAAGAACCUCACGUGGAGGAAGAUGAUGAUGAGCUGGAUGGGAAACUCAACUACAAGCCUCCUCCCCAGAAAACACUGCAGGAGCUGCAAGAGUUGGACAAGGACGAUGAAAGCCUCGCUAAGUACAAGAAGUCCCUGCUGGGAGAUGGACCUGUGGUAGUAGACCCAACAGCUCCCAAUGUGGUGGUCACCCGACUCACCCUGGUAUGUGACUCUGCUCCAGGACCGAUCACUAUGGACCUUACAGGUGACCUUGAAGCUCUCAAGAAAGAGACCUUUGUAUUAAAGGAAGGAGUGGAAUACAGAGUUAAGAUCCACUUCAGAGUAAACAGGGACAUUGUGUCGGGACUGAAAUACGUGCAGCACACCUACCGGACAGGGGUGAAGGUGGACAAAGCCACAUUCAUGGUUGGCAGCUACGGGCCACGGCCAGAGGAGUACGAGUUCCUGACGCCUAUUGAGGAGGCUCCCAAGGGUAUGCUGGCUCGAGGCACCUAUCACAACAAGUCCUUCUUCACGGAUGAUGACAAGCAUGACCAUCUCACCUGGGAGUGGAACCUGUCCAUCAAGAAGGAAUGGACAGAAUGAGUUCACCCAGUUUGCCAUCCCCCUUCCCAUCCCCUUGCCUCCUGCACCAGUCUCCAGGUGGGCCAUGCCCACCACGCUGCUCCUUCCUGCCACCACGGCCGGCCACAGCCCUGGCAGCCCUUCCCGUGGGAGCCGGGGCUCUGUGCCAUCCGCGGUCGAUGCACAGGCCUGCAGGCGGCCUUUGCUGCUUCUUCUGAUACACUGAAAAUAACCCGCCCGUUCUCACCACUGCCCCGUCAUGACACAUAAUGGGUUAAAUUGGGAAGCAUCUCCCUCUCUCUCUCCCAGUACUUCCUCCUGCUGCCUCCAUCUCUCCUGUACCAACUCUGGUCCCGGAAGUGCCUUUUCUAGGAAACAAGAUCACCUGGCAGGGCGGACUGGUCCCUGGAAAAUCCCUAUCCGAGUUACACUUGCCAUGUGCUCUGACUCAUUGUAAAUGGUUACUUACCUCCCGUGAUGGUCUCCUGGUCUGUAUCUGGUGCCCUACCCCGUUAAAAUCCAUCCUUGUGCAAGCAAAACCAGUCAGGGGGAAUGCAGCUAGAUGCUGUAACAAGACUUCAGUGUCCCAAGAAUAAAACCAGUUUCUUCUUUUCUG